AGCACCAUAUAAUAGAGAGAGAAAAGGAGAGAGAGGGAAAAAGCCUUUUCUCUCUGUCUUUAUUUCUCUCUACUUUCUCUCCCUCCCUAGCUGUGUUCGUGUGUGAUUCAAUAACAACAAAGCAGAGAGGAACAACUAAAGCUGUGUUUGUGACUAGUUUGUGUUUUGCUAGUCUUGCUCUAUCUGCCAUUUCUGUGCUCUAAGAACGAGACUGUGUGAAGGUCUGAAAGAGAAGGAUUUCCAUGUGCAGUGGGUCAAAGAGGAAACCUUCUCAAACAGGUUUCAGCAUGGCGGGUGAGUUUGAGAAACAAGAGGCUUUGCAACCUCACUUUUCAGUUUUGCUUGAAUUAUCGGCCUCUGAUGAUUUAACCGGUUUCAAAAGUGCUGUGGAGGAAGAGGGUCUUGAUGUUGAUGAGUCAAGCUUGUGGUAUGGGAGGAGAAAUGGGUCAAAGAUGAUGGGGUUUGAAGAGAGGACACCCCUCAUGAUUGCUGCCAUGUUUGGAAGCAAGGGUGUGCUGAAUUAUAUACUUGAAACCGGUCUUGUUGAUGUUAAUAGGGCUUGUGGUUCGGAUGGAGCCACGGCACUUCAUUGUGCUGUUGCUGGGGGUUCUCCUUGUUCAGUUGAGGUUGUUAAGCUCUUGCUUGAUGCUUCUGCUGAUAUUAAUUCUCUUGAUGCUAACGGAAAAAGACCCGGUGACUUGAUCACCCCAGUUUCAAGUCCAGCCUUUAAUUCUUGGAUGAAAAAGUUGGAGGUCAUGCUGAAGGUCUUUAGUGGUAUUGAGGAAACAUUUGGUCUGCCUGAUCAAAUUGGUGAUGAAAUGGAAGGACCAGAACAGCUAGAGGCUUCAUUGCCUUGGGUCUCAAAGGAUGCAACUGAAAAGAAAGAGUAUCCAGUUGAUCUCUCUCUUCCGGAUAUCAAGAAUGGGAUUUAUAGCACGGAUGAAUUUAGAAUGUAUACGUUCAAAGUCAAGCCUUGCUCAAGGGCUUACUCACAUGACUGGACGGAGUGUCCAUUUGUUCAUCCGGGGGAAAAUGCCAGGCGGCGUGAUCCUAGGAAAUACCAUUAUAGUUGUGUCCCUUGCCCUGAGUUCAGAAAGGGGUCGUGCAGACAAGGUGAUGCUUGCGAGUAUGCACAUGGUAUUUUUGAGUGUUGGCUUCACCCUGCUCAGUAUCGUACUCGUCUCUGUAAGGAUGAGACAGGAUGCACCAGAAGGGUCUGUUUCUUUGCUCAUAAGCCGGAAGAGCUUCGCCCUCUUUAUGCUUCCACGGGUUCUGCAGUGCCCUCUCCUAGAUCUUUCUCAGCCAACACUUCUCAGCUGGAUAUGGGGUCUAUCAGCCAACUUGCCCUUGGUUCUCCGUCCAGCAUGAUGCCCUCAAACUCAACACCACCCAUGACUCCCUCUGGAGCCACUUCUCCUAUGGGUGGAACCAUGUGGCAGAACCAGUCAAAUCUUGUGCCCCCUACCUUGCAGCUUCCUGGUAGCCGGUUGAAAACUGCUCUCUGUGCUAGAGAUAUGGAAUUAGACCUUGAAUUGCUUGGGCUUGAAAACCAACGUCGCAGGCAACAGCAGUUGAUGGAUGAGAUAUCUGGUCUCUCCUCCCCAUCUGGCUGGAAGAGUCCUAUGUCCAAUACUUCAGCUUUUGCUGCCUCAUUGGGCGAUCGAACUGGGGAGUUGAAUAGGCUUGGGGGAGUGAAGCCUACUAACCUUGAUGAUUUUUUUGGUUCUCUAGAUCCUGCCCUUAUGCCUCAAUUUCAGGCACUUUCACUGGAUGUCUCAGCGCCCCAAUUGCAAUCUCCUACUGGGGCCAAGAUGCGCCAGAACAUGAACCAGCAGCUCCGAUCAAGCUACUCUACUGGCCUUUCUUCCUCUCCUGUGAGGGCAUCUUCAUCAUUUGGUGUUGACCCAUCUAGUGCCGCUGCAGCUUUGACUUCAAGGUCUGCUGCUUUUGCAACGCGGAGCCAGAGCUUCAUUGAUCGAAGUGCUGUGAAUCGUCAUUCUGGUGUUUCUUCACCUCGUGCUUCUGCAUCUGUAAGGCCUUCUGCCUUUUCAGAUUGGGGCUCCCCUGAUGGCAAAUUGGACUGGGGACUACAAGGAGAAGAGUUGAAUAAGCUGAGAAAAUCAGCUUCAUUUGGGUUCCGAAGCAGUGGCAGCAGUUAUGCAACAGCUGCAGCCAUGAUGCCAGCAACUGUCAAUGAGCCGGAUGUCUCUUGGGUCCAGUCUCUGGUGAAAGAUGUCCCGCCUGCAAAACCUGGGCAGUUAAAUUUUGAGAAGGAGCAGCAGCAGCAGUGUCAUCUUGACACUGGAGACUUGGAGAUGCUCCCAGCCUGGGUGGAGCAGUUGUACAAGGAGCAAGAGCAGAUGGUGGCAUAAAAGCAUAUUCAACCCCCAGAAUUGCUACUAUUUUAAUCUUUUUAACUAGUUUUUUGCCAUUUUUUGAAUCUUUAUUGAUAUUAAUCAUAACUAGGUGGAAGGACUGGAGAAGGGGAAAAAAGAAUAUACCCCUAGGGAGAGAACAAAGAACUUGGGCAGGAUGAAAGGUUUCUGCUCAUACAAAUAUUAGGUUCUUAAGAAUAAUAGGUUUUAGGUUUUUCUUAUUAGCCCAUUUUUCUCUUGUUUUGGUUCAUGUCUUUCUUAGAGUUUCUAUUUUCAUCCCAAGUUGAAAGAUGUCUGAAGCAUAGGAUCUUUGGUGGGUGAGAUUAGAGAUGCUGAUAAAUACUUAAUAUGUCAUUUUCUUAUUGAAAAUCGUAGGCGUAACAAUGUCUUGGGUUAUAUUGUUGGUGGGGUUGUAUACAUAAAAUGUAUUUACAAGGUGUUUCUUUGAUAAAUUAAUCUCUGUUUCUAAUAUGAA